UACGUCGGUGUCUUCUCUUCCCUCGUAUAGUCGCCAUCCAUCAUCUGGAUUAUUUGUUGCCGCGCUUUUCAACACACAAUCAGCAGCAUCAACACCACUAACCAUCUCACUUUCUACUUACCUUGGCCCGCCUCACCAGUCCAUGGAACCAUGGACGACGCCAGCAGCUCCCAGCAGCUGGUAGAUACCAGUCAAUCUACCCCCAAUUCACAGAAUGAACCCGUCACAAGCACCAUGACCCCUUCUUCCUUUUUCUCCAAUGAUACCCCCUCCAACAAUGUCCAGCAGGCCGCUGCCGAUAUUGCCGCCCCAUCAGCCCCCGUCCCAAAGGCAAGAGGCGGCACUCGCGGGAGGGGCCGAGGUGGCCGUGCCAGAGGCAAGGGCAGAGUUGCAAAGGCUGGCCCCAAGAUAACAGCAGCAAAAGCUUCUACCACCAUCAGCAAACCAGGCACUGGUCGUGGCCGCCGUCAACGGGCGUAUCAAUAUACCAGAGCCCAGGCCGCCUAUGAGCGCAACAUGGAGCUUCGUUCAGCCUACAACCAACUCGCCCGCUUGGCCAAGCCCGUUCUUGACGAAAUUGGUGCCCGUGAGAAAAAGGCUCUCAUGGAGAACCCCAAGAUGGUCGACGAAGCUCCCGAGUACCAGGAAGUCAUGGGCUUCCUCGACCAGCGCCGUGAUGACACCAUCGCCGCCAGCGCUCGUCGUCUAGAGUUUGAGAAAGCCAUGGCCCUAAACGUCUUGGAAGGGCAACGUGAGGCUAUUGAAAGGUCAACAAAGCAACUCACGGCCGAACUAUGUGAGGAAUGGUACACCUCAAUGCUGGCAGAGGUCGAGAGAUUGGAAUUUCUUCACCAGAACAAACUUCCCUUGGAUCUGCCCCCUGCUCCUUGCACGGAUUACACCUAUAAGGACAUCUCACAAAAGCAAAUGGAUGAGCAGGGCAGGUUUGCCGAGCGCGACGAUGAGGGCAAUGAACUGCCAUGCUCCGGCAAGAAGGUCAGUGAGCUCAUGACCGAAGCUUAUCAGAUCCACUCCCACCUCUCACCCAAGCGCAAGGCCAAUGGCCAGCUGGCGAGCGAACCCAACCCCAAGAUGAUCAAGGCCCACACAUCCAGCCUUCUCGGUGGCACCGAUACUAUUCGGGGGAGCACACCGGAGCCCGGCUCAAAAGCUCCAUCACCAGUGCCCUUCUCCCCGUCCAAGGGCGGACAGGUCCAAACCAGUUUGCUGGAUCCCCCUCUUCCCAAGGGUGCUGAGGAACCGGAUGAGUACUGGGUACGCCUAAUCCAGCGUAAAGACAAGCGUGCCGAGUUUCACAACAACCGUAUCAUGGUGCCGCCCAUUUUCGAAUUCGAAGACGACGAGAUCGGCUUCCGCGACUCAACCAACGAUCCCGUCAAGGGCGCCACCAAAGCCAAGCGUGGCAGAUUCUACAUGACCCCGAACUCCAACUACUUUUAUCUCGACCGCCGCGCGUCAGGCUGGGAUUCCACCCAGGUUGAGGGCGAAUUGGACGAGGAGAUUGUCAAACAGUAUGGGGUCCAUCCCAAACUGGGCAUUCCUCUGUCGUCGUCCACCAACGUUGAUGAGCCCCCCAUUCCUCAUGUUUCUGGCUGGAAGCCUGUAGUCUUGGUUGAUCCAAAGGGACAACAAGUUCAUGCUUCGAGGACCAUCAAGGCAGCUAGGCUGGAUGCUCAAGGAAAAAAGUUUGAUCUGAUGAAUGCUCUGCAUAAGUUUUGCGAACAGGAAGGCAUUUCCGACAAGGAAAUCGCACCGACCAAGGAGGAGCGCGAACAGAAGAGAAGGCAAGAGCUUGAGUUGAGGGGUAUCGAUCCCGACCAAGAUAUCGAGUCUCAGAUCUCCCAAUCAGUUACUCCCGCUCGCGUUCCCUCGCCAGUCAACACUGCCGUCUUUGACGACUUCGUCCAAGGAGCCCUUCAGGCCGCCGCAGCUGAUGAGGAGGCUGAACGGACAGCGGCGGCAUCCCGGGCUCAAACUUCCAAGCCAUUUGACGCUAUCAGAGAUGCACUUAUGGACAACUCGACGCCUGUGCCGGCCCCACAACCGCCGGCCCAGCAGCCACCGGCUCAAAUCCCUACUCAGGAGACGCAAGUCACGGGCUUUGCUGAUACUACCAGCUUGUCCUAUCUUGCUGAUGUCGCUGAGAGGGAGUCACAAGAGCAGCGGUACCUAAUGCAACCUUACCACCACCAAGGCAUGCAGUCCGGCCCAGUACCGCCGCGCACGUAUUCGGAGGCUCAUCAGGAAAGUACUCCAAUCGACCCAUCGUUGUUGCCACCACAGUCACAGCACAACGGUGUGCCUCGAAACAGCGAUUUCGAAAGGCCUCCUCAACAUUACCACCAUGUAGAAUAUCCUCGGCCAGAAGGAUACGGGGUCUAUCCCCAUCAAGAGCCUCACCCUAAUGACGGAUCGAGGCCUAAUGAUUUUCUAAGGACGGCACUCAAUCCUUCCGCGUAUCCUCCGCCCCCGGAAUCACAUCCUGGACAAUACCAGGACUACUCCAUGCAGGGUCCUGCCACUGGCCGAACGCCCUUCUCCAACACGGCUUCGUCUAAAGGACUUCCAGCUUUGCGACCUAUGCACGGAACGCCUGGUCCUGAUGGGCAGGUCAGCCCGGUUCUCGCGCCUUCAGUCCAUCCUAGCAUGGUGGUAUCGAAUAGCGGUGCGUUCUAUCCUCCGGCGCCUAACAGGCCCUUUCACAAUGGUUACUCGGCGCAAGAGUCACCAGUACCUAUGCAAGCGGCUGUGCAUCACCCACAGGGCAUGCCCAUCCAACCACCACCCGGCCACGCCGAGCCGCAUCCGUCUCAGAUGCAGAUGCAUCAUUAUCCGAUGCCGCCUCAACCCUAUCAAAACGGCCCGAUCCCUCUUGCGCCGGCGCCAGGUCCGAUGCAGGGCCCCGUACAUAUCCCCGCGGCUUCUCCUUCGCCUGCGCCCGGUCCGGGUCAUGCGCCGCCUAUGCUCCAGCCGGCACCGCAACCACAUUCGAUGGCACCGAUGCCUGGUCAACCGAUGAUGCCUACGGCCGGUAGCCCACCGCCAGGGCGUUCGCGUCCCGGAAGCUCUUCGGCACCAUCUGGACCACCUCCUCCCUCCGGGGCUGCUGCCGCAUCGAACAAGUACCGGAAACUCGAGCCCGCCCCGACGCCUCCUCACCGUCUCGGCUACACCGCCAACGGCCAGGAGCUACGAACCGUUCAGUUCGACUACCGCGAGGCCAUCAAGGAUUACACCCCGGUUGAGCCGCCCCCUAGGCAUGGACCGACUCACAUCCGGGGUUGGACCCAUAACAAUCUCAAGAAGGGCCCGGGGGCCAACAGCAACCGCCCUUCCUCAUCCAAGGGCGCCGCCACCACCAGCAACGGCAAAGGGGUCCCUGCCGUUGCGAAACCGUCCUCCGCCGGUCGUGCUGGCCCGUCUUCGUCGAGGGCUGUUAGCAAGACGCCCGCUGUUUUCCCGCCGCCUGUGGUUUUCCAGGCGCCUGACCCUCGGUCGCCUACUGUCUCACAAGCGCCCCCUACUCAACCAGCUGCUACUCAACCGGCUGCUUCUCACACAGCUAUUGUCCCCCAGGGUCCCGCUAUUCUCCCAGCGCCUUCUACCUCACAGACGCCCGUCGGUCCUAAUGCGACCGUCAUCCCUCAAAAGUCUGCAGUCGAUUCUGAAGCACCUAUCAAGCCUGUUCGAGUCGUCAUAACCGCCGACAGGUCGAUGUUGGUCAUUUCCGCGUCUGCCAUGAAGAGGUUUUACCGGAACAGGUCCCAAAGUGCCAGUUCCACUACCAGCAGUGCCAGCAGUGCCAGUGAUAACAACGGCGCCAAUGACGAUAAGGGCUAUAACGUCGUUAAAGAAGGAAUUGAAGUCGCGGCCCCCACCCCCGCUCUCACUCCAGCAACGGAGGCCAGCAGCGGCUCCAGUAGCUCCACUAAGAGAAAGAGAGCAUCCACAUCCGAGGACUCGGGAAGUAGCCACGGCCCCAAGAGGAUUAAGUUUACGAGCUCGCAAGCAGUACCUGUGUCAGCGGGCAAUGAUGCGUCGUCAUCGUCAUCGUCGGCGGAACUGCCACAGCUGCGGCCCCAGCAGCCACAACAGCAGCAGAAUUCGCAACAGGAGAGCAUCAUAAAGGAUUCAAUCACAGUAGCCACCAGCAGCAGCCCGGCGGUCACCGCCAGCCCGGUUACCGCCAAGAGCAAGAGCCCAGCUAAGAGUCCAACCGCAAAGAAGACCCCGUCUAAGAGAAAGAGAGCCGCAGCAGAUAUCAAAGAGGAAGACGGAAGCCCAAGCCCCAAAAGGGUUAGAAUCAAAAAGGAGAACGAAGAGCCGCGCCAACGUCAGCCCGUCCACAGCAAUUAUAGGCUUAGGAACAGGGGCGGGCCGCGGCUGAAGUUCAAGGAGAAUAAGAAGGGGGAGAUGGAGUUGGUUGAACUUGGGGAUGAUCAGGAGCCUCAGAACUGAGGAGGGAGGGGAAAUACGGGAGAGAAGUUGGAGUGAGAGUUGACUUGGCUACGAAGUUAUCGAAUCCUCCUCACCAAGAAAGAUUCCAAGGGCUACAAAACAGGCUCUACAAAGGCAUCUAUCUGGAUAUACCAACCACGACACAUAACAGAUUGCAUUUCACAUAUACUCUACAUUUU